AUGCUGCGCCGCUUUGUUGUCCCCUGGCUGUGCGCAGGGGUCGCGGCGCGAAUGGCACUGACGGGCUACGAGAGCUACGCGCGACGCUUCAUUGGAGAGAAGCAGCCGAAGGCGUCUUCACCUAAGGCCAAAGAUGCGGCUAAGCGACCCAUUAAACUCCCGACCGCCGUCGAAGUCGUCGCAGAUGCCCAAAUGAAAGCAGCAAGCAAACGCAAUCUCCAGCUACCGCAGCCAAGGCUGCAGGGUGUUGCUCCGGCGUCUGCGCAGCUUAAGCAGAAGCGGCUUGCGAGGAAGCUGGACGAAACAGGACUUCCGGCGGCCUCGCCUCGUGCGCCAAAGCAAGAGCUUGAGAUGAUGCUACCUGUAAGCAAAACUACGCAGCAGGGCCUGGGGUCUACGCUGGUGUAUAAUGCGCUCACUGGCCGUAUGACCUCGGAGGUGUCCCCGUCAAUGCUUUGCCUUAAGAGCAUAGGGUUUGGUGUCAAUGAGAAGCGCCAGGUGUACUUGGAGAAACCGGAGGUGGUUCGUCAGCUGUCACAGAAGAUGCGCAACGGGACGGCGACGCUCCCCGCGCACUGGCCAGUUUCUAUCAUACGUGCCCUAGGUGUUAUCCUUCGCAACCGCGCCAUUUUGGAUCCUGCCGAGGCGAUUCAACAGAUGAUCCAGGUGAAAAUCAAUAACUUGGCACAUAACCGUUAUGCCGCUAUUAUUAACGCCGUAGGUAGCGGCGACAUUGAUGAUGCCUUGGACCAGCCUUCUGAUGACCUGCAGGCGGUGGAACUCAACGAAGAGCAGAAGCAGGUGAUUGAGCUCGCCCUCAAAGGACACCUGCUGUACAUUGGUGGGAGUGCAGGGACAGGAAAGACGGUCUUGCUGCGUGCGCUAAAUCAUAGACUGCAGGCGGAACGCCUACGUGUCGCCAUGACGGCCACGACAGGGGUCGCUGGGUGCCACAUUGGCGGCUCUACAUUUCACCAUGCGCUGGGCGUCAACGCACAGGGAGAGUUUCUCCGCAAAAGUCACCUGUUAGACUACGACGUUAUCAUUGUGGACGAGGUAUCCAUGCUUUCGAAGCGAAUGUUUGAAGAGUUUGACCGAACCCUGCGCGAGGAAGCGGGGACGCCCGAUCUUCCCUUCGGAGGGGUGCAAAUCAUCCUCUGUGGGGACUUUCUGCAGCUUGGGGUGAUCAACGAGUCCUCCAUUAUCAGCUCCAGUCUAUUUCAGGAGUCGUUUGUAAAGCUGCGUCUCGAGACACAGGUGAGACAGGUCCCUGACAGCGCAUUUGCAAACUCCCUACAGCAGCUGCGCCUGGGCGUUGUUCCAGACAGCCUUUUGCAGUCUGUGCAACAGCUCCCUGCUGGAACAAUGGUGGAGUCGGCGGUGAAUCUGCUUCCCACAAACAAGGAAGUCCACGCUGCGAAUGAGCGGGAGUUGCAACGGCUCCCCGGGGACGCCGUCAUGCUGGUGCCAGAGACGGGUAUUACUUCCCUCAAGUGGGACGCCACAGCCACACUCCUGCUGCGUACUAAAUCGGACUUCAAAGAAGAGGAGUUCUCGAAGCAUGUGCGCUCACUUCUGCAGGCGACACUGGACAUGCCCAAGGCCUCACUGCUUUGCCUCUACCGCGUCUACGAGGAUGGGCACGCGAUGCGUGUUUGCCUUCCACAGGGGGAGAGUGCCACGUGGCGGGAUGCGAUGCGUGAGCGAUUCUUGGAGGUUGCGGGGCUCAUUAACGACUUGGAGCUUGGCGCCACCGUGACUGAGAUUCUGCCGAAUGGUGACGGCAUGCACACCCCCGAAAUUGAGGAAUACCUUCAAAAGUUAAUGCAGAAACACCCGAUUGCGCAACCGGUAACCUUCAAGAAGGGGUGCCGUGUCCUGCUGCGUGCAAACCUUACCUCACGCCUGGUGAACGGAAGUAUUGGCACCGUGGUGGACUUUGUGGAAUGCGCUCUUCAGAAUAUUCCUAGCUUCCUUCGCUCUGAUCGCGUGGACAACUGUGUGGAGCGAUACCGAAUUUUCUGCAUGACGGAGUGCGGAAUGCAGGUCCCCUUGUUGCCUGUCGUGCGGUUUCACAGUGGGGAGACCGUUGUAGUUCCUCCGUGGGAGUUCAACGUUGGGGGUGGGCCAAUCACGAAUUACUACAGCCUGAGUAGUGUGGCGCUGCCGUUGUGCCUCGCCUACGCCUUUACCGUGCACAAGGUGCAAGGGCUGACGUUGGUGGGGCGCGUGCAUCUUGAGCUCUCCCGCAUGUGGCCCUGCGAGCAUCUGUUGUAUGUUGCCAUGAGUCGUGUGCGGAACCCGGAGCAGCUGAGUAUGUCAUCCUUUCAGCACAGCAUGGUGGUCGCCAAUAAGGAGUGCGUGGAGUUUGAUCGCAAGCUCCCUGUCGUAGGUGCGUUGCCGUCAACCGCGAACUUUCACGUCUCCUCAUGGAAGCGCUGCAGCGACACCGUUUACCACCUCCGGCGCCGAGGCGCCUCCCUGAGCCACCUCCUCACCGGAGCCGCCCUAAAUGAGGGGCAUAGCACCGACGCCGGAGGAGCAAGGUUGGUGAACCCGGUGAAGGGUACAUUAGAGCACUCGGUGCUUGUGGCGCGCCGGCUGCGGAAGCUUGUCAAGUGCACGGAGCGCGCAGCGAAGUUGCAGGCGAACCGUCGAAAGCCUCAACCCGCCCCAGCCGCUAACAGCACCGAUGACGCUGACGACACCACGGCGGUGGAGCACAUUUUAUAG